GCAAAAUUGCUGCUGGUGGGGUGAAGCAGGAGGAAAAUGCCGCAGCUGAACGGCGGUGGAGGGGACGACCUGGGCGCCAACGAUGAACUGAUCUCUUUCAAAGACGAAGGGGAGCAGGAGGAGAAGAUCUCCGAGAACUCCUCGGCGGAGAGGGAUUUAGCUGAUGUCAAGUCGUCUCUCGUCAAUGAAUCAGAAACGAAUCAAAACAGCUCCUCAGACUCGGAGGCGGAGCGGCGACCCCCGCCUCGGUCCGAAACUUUCAGAGAUAAAUCCCGGGAAAGUUUAGAGGAAGCUGCGAAGAGGCAAGAUGGAGGGUUGUUUAAGGGCCCACCAUACCCGGGUUAUCCCUUUAUAAUGAUCCCCGACCUCAGCAGCCCGUAUCUGCCCAAUGGAUCGCUCUCUCCGACGGCGAGAACGUAUCUGCAGAUGAAAUGGCCACUGCUUGAUGUUCAGGCAGGGAGCCUUCAGAGUAGACAAGCCCUCAAGGAUGCUAGGUCUCCAUCUCCAGCACACAUUGUUUCUAACAAAGUGCCAGUUGUGCAGCACCCACACCAUGUACACCCUCUUACGCCGCUUAUCACAUACAGCAAUGAGCACUUCACACCAGGAAACCCUCCUCCACACUUACCAGCUGACGUAGACCCCAAAACAGGAAUUCCAAGGCCUCCACAUCCUCCAGAUAUAUCUCCUUAUUAUCCAUUAUCACCAGGCACUGUAGGACAAAUCCCCCAUCCGCUAGGAUGGUUAGUACCACAGCAAGGUCAGCCAGUGUACCCAAUCACGACAGGGGGUUUCCGCCACCCCUACCCAACAGCUCUGACCGUCAAUGCUUCCAUGUCAAGCUUUCUCUCCUCUAGGUUUCCUCCACACAUGGUCCCGCCACACCAUAGUUUACACACAACUGGAAUUCCUCAUCCGGCCAUAGUCACACCAACAGUCAAACAGGAAUCUUCCCAGAGCGACGUCGGCUCACUCCACAGCUCAAAACAUCAGGACUCCAAAAAAGAAGAAGAGAAAAAGAAGCCACACAUAAAGAAACCUCUUAAUGCAUUUAUGUUGUAUAUGAAGGAAAUGAGAGCAAAAGUUGUAGCAGAAUGCACAUUGAAAGAGAGCGCAGCCAUCAACCAAAUCCUCGGUCGAAGGUGGCACGCAUUAUCCAGAGAAGAGCAAGCGAAAUACUAUGAACUAGCAAGGAAGGAGCGACAGCUUCACAUGCAGCUGUACCCGGGCUGGUCUGCACGGGAUAACUAUGGAAAGAAGAAGAAGAGGAAAAGGGAUAAGCAGCCAGGAGAGACCAAUGAACACAGCGAAUGUUUCCUAAAUCCUUGCCUUUCACUUCCUCCGAUUACAGACCUGAGCGCUCCUAAGAAAUGCCGAGCGCGCUUUGGCCUUGAUCAACAGAAUAACUGGUGCGGCCCCUGCAGGAGAAAAAAAAAGUGCGUUCGCUACAUACAAGGUGAAGGCAGCUGCGUCAGCCCACCCUCUUCAGAUGGAAGCUUACUAGACUCUCCUCCGUCCUCCCCCGCCAUGCUCGCCUCCCCCUCCAGAGACUCGAAACCACAGACUGAACAAACGCAACCCCUCUCGCUGUCAUUGAAGCCCGACCCGCUGGCACACCUGGUGAUGAUGCCGCCGCCAUCCUCGCUCGUGCUCGCUGAGAGCGCCGCGAGCAAGCCCGGCGCCCUGCCCGCCGCCAGCUGCCCCAACGGGGCCCUGGACCACCCGCCGGCCGCCCUCCCGCCGGCCGCCGCAUCCCUCGCACAGCCCUCGACGUCCUCCUUGCAUUCCCACAGCUCGCUGCCGGGGACACAGCCCCAGCCGCUCUCCCUUGUAACGAAGUCCUUAGAAUAGCUUUAGCCUCGUUAGCCCUUUCGGUUUCCUUUCGGGGGGAUUGAAUUCUGUUGGUAUUUGGGGUUUUGGUUUGGUUUUUUUUUUUUCCUUUUCUUUAUUUUUUUUUCUUCUCCUUGUUGUCGUCCGCUGUUUGUCGUCGUUUCUCGGUUUCGUUUUUAAUUUGUGCCAUGUGGCUACAUUAGUUGAUGUUUUAUCGAGUUCAUUGGUCAAUAUUUGACCCAUUCUUAUUUCAAUUUCUCCUUUUUAAAUAUGUAGAUGAGAAAAGCCUCAUGAUUCUGCCAAAAUUUUUAUCAACAGCUGUUUAAAGUCUUUGUAGCGUUUAAAAAAUAUAUAUAUAUACAUAAUUGUUAUGUAGUUCCAAUAGCUUAGUUUUAAAGACUGAUUUUAAAAAUUAAAAAAAAAAAAGAAGCAAUUUUGAAGCAGCCCUUGCCAGAGGCAUUGGUUCUUUAUUAUUUGUAUUAAAUACGAGCUUGCGAACCAAUCAUUUUACAUCUGGUUUUUAAACCUUUAAGGGCACAACGAAUGCGGUGCCGCUACUACUUCUUUUUUUUUUCUUCCUUGUGUGAAACAACCUUUAUUGUGAUGUUACUUGUUAUUGUUUAAAUGUACAGAAACAAAGGGUUAAAAAAUGUGUUAAUAUACCUUGUUCCAUGGUGUUGUUCUUUUUGGGGGAGGGGACGCUACUCAACAAUUAAAAGUAUCACAACGCUAUUGGACCAGUAGUAUUUAUUGCUUUAGAAAUUGCUUGUUGUAUCUGUAUGUUGUCCCUUUUUAAAUGUUUUUUUCUUCUUUUAUUUUUUCCUUGAAACAUUGUAUAAAGGGGUUUUUUUUCCUUUAGUGUAAGCAUCUUAUAUAUAACAACUCAUUUGUACAAGGUUUUUAAGUUUAUAUAUAAAUGUGUAUAUAUAUAUU